AUGUCAAAAAUCAAAUGUUUUAACUGCCAAAGGCGACAUCACUUUUCUAUUUGUGCGCCAAAAAAGCAAUCUAAUGAUAAUGAAGAAAACGAUGAUAAGGAUAAUCCCGGAUCGACAUCAUGCUUCGCAGGCAGUAACUUAUCUAAAAGUGUUUUGUUGCAAACCGCUUAUAAUUCUCAAGAAACGCUUGAGAAGGUUACCCUGCGUUUAAAAACUUCUGAUAAUUCCGAAGUCGACAUAAGCUGCUUUGUAAAGGAUAUAUGCGCACCAGUUUCUUCUCAAAAUAUCGACGUUGCUAAACAAACAUUUUCUCACUUGCGAAAUUUACGGUUGGCAGAUAACAAUCCGAACAACCUUACUUUAGGUAUUGAUAUACUCAUUGGCGCUGAUUUUUAUUGGUCGUUUAUAGAAAAUGAAGUUGUUAGAGGAGAGCAAGGUCCAAUCGCGAUUAUACUGCAAAUCACUCUGUUUUAUUAUCUCAUGUUUUAUUUAUACAAAGUGAACUACGAAGUUCUUUCGGAUAAUUAUGCACUUUGUUUGAAUCGAUUUUUCCGUUUGAGAGAUAAGCUAGCUCAAGAUGAUUCUCUUUUAAGUAAUUACAACUCGAUACUAAAGGAACAACUCGAUAAGAAUAUCAUUGAAAAAAUUGGUACAGAACUUCCCUGGCAAAAAGCGCAUUAUUUACCCCAUCGUCCGGUUGUACGCGUGGACAAAACAACGACUAAAGUAAGGAUCGUAUUUGACGCUAGCGCUAGAACAUACGGGUCAUCUCUUAACGAAUGUCUUCAUCCAGGACCUACUUUGACUGAGCCGCUACUAGGAGUUUUAUUGCGUUUUCGAGCCGAAAGAAUUGCUUUUAUCGCCGACAUCGAAAAGGCCUUUCUAAAGAUUGAGUUAGACUCAGAAUUUCGCGAGUUCGUUAGAUUCAUUUAUUUUGAAGAUAUUGACAGUGUAACUCCGAGUAACAUCAUGGACGCUCAACUUUGCAGCUAUCGCAUUUGUCGUUUAGCUUUCGGAUUAACAUCGUCGCCGUUUUUAUUAUCGAGCACUCUGAUUAUUCACGCUCAUUCGUACGAUAAUUCUGACCCGGAUUUCGCUUCAUCGUUUUUGAAAUCGUUACACGUGGAUGAUUUAACUAGUGGUGCAGAUAACGAUAGUCAAGCUUAUAAAUUUUUCAACACAUGCAAAUCACGAUUGGCCGAGGCGUCAUUUCAUUUACGCAAAUUUGAAUCAAAUUCCGAAUCUUUAGAGUUUAUGGUUAACAAUCGACCAUCAUCCAAUCAUGUUACGAAAGUGUUAGGAUUGACCUGGCACAAAGAUACCGACAUUAUAAACCUCUCUAUGGAGGAGCUUUUAUCUUCAGUGUCCAGCAUACCAACCAAGAGAGAAUUAUCACGAUAUACAGCCUCGAUAUACGAUACAGUAGGCAUCAAUAAUCCAGUUAUAUCUAGGUCUUGUUUCAACGUGUUUGUUAAGCUAAACUUUCGUGGGAGGACAGGUUGUCGGCAGACUUGUUGGUUGAAUGGGAAGCCAUUAUUAAGGAUAUGA